AUGAACUUUCAAGCGAAGAGCGAAGCAAUGCAACGUAUCCUUGGGCUCAAUAACUCCUCCCUCUCCUCCUUCCUUCCUUCUUCUACGACCUUUUCAGGAUUCGGUACAGCGUUACUCGGCGCCAAGGACCAUCUGCCCCCGGGGCUCGGAAACUGGGACAAUUCAUGCUAUCAGAAUAGCAUCAUUCAGGGUCUAGCAUCUCUACACUCUCUUGCAGAGUUCUUGGAGCGCAACAUCCGGACAUUGGGGGAUAAAGGAUCCUUUUCGACUCAUCAGGCUCUCAGAGGCGUCAUCGAGCGGUUAAACAAUGCUGAUAAUCAUGAUCAGCGGCUGUGGAUUCCGGCGGAGCUCAAAUCGAUGAGCAGUUGGCAACAGCAGGAUGCGCAGGAAUACUUUUCGAAGGUUGUCGGUCAGGUCGAUCACGAGGUGCAGCAGGCUACGAAACGCCGGACGAGGAAUUUGGGGUUGAAAAUGGCAGGGCCUGUCGAGAACAUCAUCGGGGCAGAACCACAUACGGAUGUGGAUGGCGCAGACGGUUCAUCUCCUCGUGCAGCUGAACGGCAUCUGACUCGCAACCCUCUGGAGGGCCUUCUUGCGCAAAGAGUAGGUUGCAUGAAAUGCGGCUGGACUGAAGGUCUUUCCCUCAUUCCGUUCAACUGCCUUACGGUGCCACUUGGAGGGCAACACGAAUACGAUGUACGACAAUGCCUUGAUCAGUACAUGCACCUCGAGCCCAUCGAAGGUGUGGAAUGUGCAAAGUGCACCCUUCUACGCGCCAAGGACCAGCUAGAAAAUCUUCUUAAACAGAUCGAAGAAGACAUGAAGCUGCCUGAUACGCCUGACUCUUCAAAAGUCUCAGGAGCACUCAGGACCUCCGCUGAAGAGCGAUUGCGGGCUGUUGAGGAAGCACUAGAAGAGGAUGAUUUUGCGGAGAAGACCUUGUCGAAGAAGUGCCGUAUUCCGUCCAAGAACCGCGUCACGUCGACCAAAUCAAGACAGGCGGUAAUCGCGAGGACGCCGAAAUGCCUUGUGAUACAUAUCAACCGAAGCAUGUUCGACGAGAAUACAGGGAUGCUCAGGAAGAAUUAUGCUGCCGUCAGAUUCCCCAAUGUCCUUGACUUGAAUGAAUGGUGUCUGGGGACAAAGUCCUCCAGUUGGGGUCAGAUGGACAUUGAAAGAUGGGGCACCGACCCUAGGGAGUCUAUGCUACCUGAAGCUGGGUCAGCUUCCGAUGUCUCCGGCCGCUUUUUCGAGUUGCGGGCCGUGGUUACGCACUACGGCCGCCAUGAAAAUGGACAUUAUAUCUGCUACAGAAAAUACCCAUCAGACCUCUUCCCGGCCCACGUCCCAGACACCGUGCUGGAGGCGGAUGGCGAAAAGGACAAAGCUGAACGGUGGUUUCGAUUGAGUGACGACGAUGUACAAAUGGUCAGUGAGGCAAGCGUGAUGUCUCAGGGUGGUGCUUUCAUGCUGUUUUAUGAAGCCGUUGAUCGGCAACGCUCAGAAUAUACUCCGACUCAGGGAACACACGCAGUGGAGGACGAGAAGCUCGAGUCCGUCUGCGAUUUAGGAACUUCAAACGAUAUGUCUACGACGUCUACGAUCAUCGACGGUUCUCCUGAUACGUCCCCGGCGACAAGCGUAUCCGCUGCAGACAGAUUCGAUGUGCCCCUUGACAAGCUUCAGCUUCUGACUGAUGAUCAUGCAAGCUUACUGGGCAAAUCUUCUCUUGAGGUCACGCCUUAA